AUGGCGGAAUCUAAGGUCAUGUUGGACUCGUCACCCUGCACGAAGCUGUUCAUGUGCGUUGAGAAGGGGCGAAUUCUCAACAUUGGGCAUGCCCACAACCAUGAGCCGGGUGCCGAAGAGGGAGGUCUAGGCAUUCGAGUGCGCCCGGACAAAGCCAAGGACCCGGUUGACGGCAACCCGGGACCCCAGACACGCCGACCUAACUGGACCGCUCAGAAGGUGAACCUUUAUGAAAUCCCCAUCUCGACUGCUCAGGUCACCGAGAUCCAGUCUAACUCGCAACGUAUGCUCGUGGGCACGAUUGCGCUACGUGACGGCACCAAGUACCACAAUGUGAUACUCUCGCCUGUAGCCAACAAGGAGAUUCAGCCAUCACAAGCAGUGAAGAGGAGGAUGACAAGGACGAAAGUUAUCGAAUUUGCGAUUGACGAGGACGAGGAAGCUGGUGAUGACUGGGAAGAUUCGACCUCGGACGACGGAAAGGUUAAAAAGUAA